UAUCCUUGAAGUAGGCGUUCAGUGGCAAGCAAGAUGAAGAUGAGGAUACCGACGAUACUCGGUGUCGUCCUCGGACUUGCCGUUCGGGGUCAUGCGACGCCCACUGGUAAUAAAACUGUCAUUGUUCAGAUGUUCGAAUGGAACUGGGACAGUCUCGCGGCGGAGUGCACGAACUUCCUAGGACCCGCCGGUUAUGGCUUCGUCCAAGCGAGCCCCGCACAGGAGCACAUCACCGGGAGUCAGUGGUGGACCGACUACCAGCCCGUCUCGUACACCCUCACCAGCAAGCGCGGGAACAGGCAGCAGUACCAGAACAUGGUCACUACGUGCCAUGCCGCGGGCGUGCGCGUCAUAGCCGACACCAUAUUCAACCACAUGUCCGGCUCGGACUCUGGCACCGGAACCGCUGGCACCAGUUUCACACAUUACAACUACCCCGGGACAUACGAGUACCAGGACUUCCACCACGACUGCGGUGAGGCGGACGGGAAUAUCGACAACUACGAUAACCGUACCGAGGUGCAGGUGUGCCAGCUUGACGGUCUAGCCGAUCUAGAUACGGAAUCCGAGGACGUGCGCAGCACGCUCGCCGCGUACGGGAACGACCUCAUCGGUCUCGGCGUCGACGGGCUGCGGCUCGACGCUGCUAAACACAUUGCUGCCACCUCCCUCGCCAACAUCACCAGCCGGCUCACCGGGUCGCCCUACAUCACCUCCGAGACCAUCUGGGGAUCGGGCGAGCCCAUCCAGCCGAGCGAGUAUGUCGGUAUUGGCGAUGCGCAGGAGUUCCGCUACACUACCGCGCUGAAGAACGCGUUCACGGGCGGCGGAAUUUCUAGCUUGGAAGACCUCGACGACCAGGGAUGGGUCGCGUCCAACAAGGCGAACGUGUUCGUCGCGAACCACGACACAGAGCGCAAUGGAAACUCGUUGAAUUACAACUCGGGGAACAACGCUUACGUCCUCGCUACUAUUUUCUCGCUGGCGCACCCGUACGGCACGCCGACCGUUCUCUCGAGCUACUCUUUCUCCACCACGGACGACGGCUCCCCCAACAGCGGCGCGGGGACGUGCUCCGGUACUGGCGGCGCGAACGGCUGGCUCUGCCAACACCGCUGGAUCGCCUUCUCCGGCAUGACUGGGUUCAGGAACAACGUCGGCUCUGCGGCGCUCACGAACUGGGUGUCGCCUGGCUCGAACCAGAUUGCUUUUGGCAGAGGCUCGGCAGGCUUCGUGGUCAUUAAUAACCAGGCGUCGAGCUGGACGGGCACCUUCGCCACUUCUUUGCCCGCGGGGACGUACUGCGACGUCGUGCACGGGAACUCGUCGGGCGGGGUGUGCUCGGCCUCUGCUAUUACCGUCGCGUCGGACGGCACGUUCUCCGCGACGGUGAACCCGUACGACGCGCUGGCGAUACAUACCGGCUCGAAAGGCACGGGGUCGAGUGUUACGACUGUGGCAGUUACGUUUGACGAAACGGCGACGACGACCUACGGAGAGAACAUCUUCGUCACCGGGAGCAUCUCGCAGCUGGGCUCGUGGAGCACUACGAACGCGAUCGCGCUCAGCUCGGCGAACUACCCCACCUGGUCGGUAACGCUCAACUUGCCCGCGGGCACCACUUUCCAGUACAAGUAUAUCCGCAAGGAGACCGACGGAAGUGUUGUGUGGGAGUCGGACCCGAACAGGAGCGCGAGCACGGGUUCCUCGGGGAGUUUGACGUUGAGCGAUACGUGGAGAUAG